AUGGAAAUUGCAACGAAAGAUGAUGAAGAUGAAAGCCUGUGGGCAACUGUGGUGAUGUGGAAGAUCCUCCAGGUGCCCUAUGUCCCACAUGUAGUGACACUGGAUUUCACCCGCCUGUUUGUCCACCUCCUCUUCCAAGUGUUCUUCAGCACUUUGGACAUGCCAGAGGAGGUUGAUACAUUCUGGAAGGGAUGCCAGCAGCAACACGGCCUUGCUGCCAGACCCAACAGGUUUGCAGUGCAGAGCCUGAAGUCCCUGCUCUGCAGAAUGCAGUGUGAGGGUGUGGUGAUGGCAAUGGAGCGCAAGUAUGGCUGGGACACGCUGCUGUGUGCUGACACCCACCACUAUGCCGUGGGUCUGCUGGCCAGACCCAUCGCCCUGCGGCUGGCUGAGGCGCUCCUGCCACUCUUUGACAGCGAUGAUAGCCAGGUGCAGCUGUGUUCAAUGAAUGUGUUUCAAGACAUGAUGGAGCUAUUAAUGGAAGAGGAAAGAAAGGCCCUGAAAUCGCACAUGCGCCAGAGCCUGUUCCCACUCACUUUCCACUGCCACAAUGAGAAUCCCGGCCGCACGGGCUCUUCUCCAGGCUCCUGCGGCCCCGAGCCGGCUGCCCACGGAGCCCCGGCCCAGCGGGGCUGCAGGGCGGGGCGGCACCGCGGCUCCCCGGGCACAGCCGGCCCUGUGCCCCUGCAGAGCCCGGCCCAGCGGCUGCUGGCCGCGCCUCAGCGCUGUGCGGGCAGGGGAGGCCGGGGCCGGGCGCGGGCAGCGCCUGCCAAAGGGGCAGAGCCCGCCCCGAGCCUUCCCUCCCGCCGCUCUCCGCAGCUGGCAGAGGACAGGAGCCGAGCGGCCGAGCACCUGCGCCAGGCCCUGCCGUACCUGGAGAGCCCACAGGAGCCCCUGCGAGAGGCGGCCGUCAGGUUCAUGGGUGAGCCCGGGCUCCCUCCCCGCCCCGCCGCAGCUCGGCCCCAGCCCCGCCUGCUGCCCCGGCAGCUUCUGCCAUCCGGACCGGCGCCGCUGAGCCCCGGCUGCCCUCGGGGCUGCUGCCGCCCUCCCGCAGCCGAGCCCUUGGGCGGCAGCAUGCGGCAAGGGCCCGGGCUGAGCCCUGCCGGCCACGAGGGCGAGUGGCCACAGGGCUGGCAGCGCCGCUGGCAGGGAGCUGUGCCGCUGGGCAGAGCCGUGACAGGCUCUGUGCUCCCAGGGAUGGCCGGGCAGAGCCUGAGAGGGCAGAAGGAAGAACUCCAGCUCAUCUGUGAGGCCCUCGAAGAUAUGACAGCAGCCCUGCCAUUAGAAACCUUUCAGCUGAAACAGCGUUCAUCCUCCGGGCAAUACAAGGAGCUCCGUACUCAUUGCGGAAGCUGCAAGACCGAUUCCGCGGGGCGUGCAAGAGACGGCCUCGUCUGUGCAGCAGUGCCUGGCUGUGCUGCUGGAGCUCUGCAGAGAGCUGAUCUUGUAGGCUCUGCCUGUUGGAGCCACUUGAACCAGCGAGGCAGCUGGAUUUUUCCUUUCUUCAAGUUUGUUCUCCUUUUGUUUUACUUUAUUAUAGAAAUGUAGGAUUUGUUGC